GAGUCGGGACCGAUGGGAGCCCCCGGGCGGGGGGCUUAGCGGCGUCGGCAGUGGAGCCGCAGCGCGGCGGCAUGGCCCGCGUCGCCCCGCCCGAGGAGGGGGCCGCCGCGCCGCACGGGGAGUUCGGAGACAUCAUCAAGUCCCGCUCCGGACCAAGUGUCACAUGGGAUGUGGUGAUUGGCUUGCCUAUGGAUUGGAUGCAAUGCCUUUGGAAAUGAGAAAGCUGGCAUGAAACAAAUGAAGGGUCCUGGAAACCUUAACCUUUUUUACACAUCAGAUUUGCUCUUGUUCUUCAUCUCCUUCCAGUAUGAGGUUCAAGAAAUUCUGGGCUAUUACAUUCAUCCUUAAAGGAUUCAAGUUUAGGUGAUAAAAUCUAAUUUCAAGAUGAAGCCUGUGCUUGACAGUGAAGGCUUUUCUGAACUAAUACAAACGUGUUGAACAGGCCCAUGGAGGAGAUAGGAGCCAUUGCAAGUCAUACCACUGGAGCUGGCUAGGAAAAAGCAUGAGUAAUUCACACUGCAUAAUCUAUUUUCAUAGAAGUUUUGGUUUUAACAUGAUUUGGGCAAAAAAAAAAAAAAAGUGAAAUAAUGGAAUUUACUGCCAGCUGUUGCCUGGGAAGUCCUGGCGCAUCCAUUCCUCUGUAGCACUGCCCCUACUGCUGUCAGGGAAGGGGAACGUGAACCAUUGGCUGGGUGGUGAUGAUGAACUGUAUGUAAUACCCAAGUAGAAUCACUAACUGCUGAGAAAUGUUUUGCUGAUUUAUUUUCCACCCUGCUUCUCGCCACCUUUUGUUACAGAAUCUUAUUUUUGCCUUGUCUCUGGUUUUAAUUUGUGGUCACGUGCCCAUGUAAUAAAAAUACUUGAAAUUGUAAGCCUAUUUUGCUCCCUGGGGAAAGAAAAAAGGGGUGAAAGGAUAUGAAUUUUUGUGAUGGAAUGCAUGGCUGAAAGAUGCUAACAUACUGUAGUGGUCAUCUGAAUUAAUUUAUAUGGCCUGCAAUGGUGCAACCUGCUAGUGAAAGUGUUCUGCAUACCUUGUGUGGGAGGGAGAAGGGAAAUUGUGCAAUGUUAUGUCUUUGUUUCAUAUAGAUUGUCUUUUUUGUUAUUGCUUUGGGUUCUUAUGUCUACUAAACUGAUGCUUUUUUUCCCCCUUUGUAUAAAAAAUGCACACAAUUGUUUUUUUCCUUCUUAGGAUUGGAAGACAGAGGGCAGAAAAAGGAGUUUUGUUCCUUGAAAGAUAUUAUUUCUGCCUGGUAUUCCCACUUGUAUUAAGGCUCCUUUCAUGUUGUUCCAGCACUCUGAAAGGAUCUUAACUUGCUAUCCUAUUUGGAGCCUCUUGUGCUGCCAGAAAAAUGUAAAGAGGCUGUACACGUUUGGGGCUCAGCAAUCAUCUACAGCACAAUGAAGAGAAGGAAAUAACGCAGUCUUUGCUGCCCAGAAUUUAGCAGAACCAAAAGGUUAUCGGCUGACAGAGUAGGUGAAUUGUGAUUAUCACAACUUACGUUACUGCAAGUCUUUAAAAAGCAAUUGAAUUAAUUGUAUUUGAUCUUGGUGAGAAUCCAUGGCUGUUGUGAUAGAUUUUAAUCUGCGUCUGUUCUCUGGGAUGCAGUGUUGCAAGCGAAGAAAUAUAAUGUGUGUGAAUUGUGUGGGACUCUCCUCUAUAUCUGCUUCGUAUCUCUGUAUUAUUGCAUACUUACUGAAUAUAUCCUCUCUUUUUUUCUUUUAAAAUUCCUUUUCUAUACUCUUCUUGGAUGAAUAAAUGGAACUCUGCUGCAGUUUGGAAUCUGCAAGGUAUCACGAAAGCUUUUUUCAAAGUUUGUCAGAUUGUGAAAUCUAAUUUCAGUGAGAAUAUACAGUUUUCUCCUGCUAUAUAAGGUGGAUAUAGCUUAAAAGUGUUAUAAAACCUAUUUAUCUGACUGUUUUCCUACACAAUUAUUCAAUCAGUGCACAAAGCAAGAACAAAGAAUUUUUGUUUAAAUUACUGUUUCAAAUAAUGCGGCCAUAAGAAAAGGAAACAAGGUAAGUUUUUACUGCAUAAAAAAUUCCUUCUAUACAACAACCUUCAGACUUCUCUAACCCUCCUUGGUAGAAUUUAGAGACAAGAAUAGGGCUGAGAAGCCUGAGUGGGUCAGCCAGGUCACAUCUUUGAAAGUCAUCCAGCUCAUAACAAAUAAUCAUCUACUGUUUAUUUAAAUAAAUGUUACCUAUUGCCAUGCAAUCCCAGCGUGUGUUUAAAAGAAAAGUGCCAUUUUUUUUUCAAAGUAAGAGGAAGCAACUUUAAUUGCAUCUCUAUAAUAAAGGGUUGUGCAUUAAAUCAAGGUGUGUGGGUUUUCUCUGCUGAAAAUUAAACAAAAGCUGAUGCAGCGAUUGUAAUUUCUUUUUCACAAUAAGCAGAACUAGUUAAACAAGUCCUUUCAGCUUCAAGUCGUUUCUUAAAAUCCUCUUUCAAAUUUCCUUCUGUAAAAUAAACAACUGAAUUCAAUAUGAAUAACCACGUAUUUAAUUUUGAAAAAGAUAAUUUACUUUAAAUUCUUGAGUAAGUAAGAAUAUCGAUGCAAGAGUGACUCAUUUUUGGAAUGGCAGCUUCAAGGAACCUAUAUCUAAAAUGUACAGGUAGGUGAAAUAAUAGUAGAAAAUACCUCCUUGGCCCCAAGUUCUUUUGCUUUUUUUCUUCCUAAAAUGACAUUUGGCUCUUCAACAUGGAUGAAAAAUGUGGAAAAAAAACCGUCAUCUGAUCUUACAUUUUUCCUUUGUGCUUAAGCCAGAGUCCCAGACUCUGUGGUAGGAUAAAACAAGCCUGUCGGUUCCCAAACUUAUUUUAGCUUUGCUCUGCUGCCUGUGUAGUUCUUGACCCCGUGAUCAGCUGUGGAGGAUGCAGAUGGCUAUCUUUAGCUUCUUUGAGCUUCCCCGUUUAGCUGUGAUGUGAUCCUGUAAGCUCUCACAGUAGUCUUUUGGUAGUUUUGUCAGUGCUUAAGGGAUGCUUGGUGUACAGAGUGGUCACCUUCUCCUCUAUCCCUCUGCAAAUAUUCAUAUGGAAUUUCAUUCUGACAGGAAUUGUUCAGGUCUGCUUUUGAUUCAUUGUUGGGUAGAAGUCUGGAAGCAGUAGCUUACCCUGUUCCAAAUAGAGUUUUUAUAUGCUCCAUCUGAAAGGAAGAUUGGAUGUUCCUGCUGUACUCGAGAUAGCUAAAGAACUUGGCGUGAGAGUGCCCUGGGCUGGCCGAUGUGCUUUUUACUGGUUGUUUCCCCACCCGGUUUCAGUGGAACUUCUCUGAAUUCUCAGAAAAAUUCUUACAACCUGACUAUGCGUUUCCAUCCCAGGGAGGAGCGGUAGUGCAGUGAGCGAAGUGUGGAUGUGGCCGUGUAGCUGGAUAACCACACACACUGCCUUGGAGCGGUUACUCAUGAAUAUAUUUGAAUAUUUAUACGGUGGAUUAACACCGUGGUGUCACAGAGCUUUGGCAGAAGAUUUUUUUUCAGGAUCUUGCAGGCUGCUCUAUGCAAAGUUUGUGGUUUCUUUGCAAAAGCUUAUAUUCAAAAAACAAACAUCAAAAACAGGCACAUACAAAAUUUGCUGAAUAAGCGUGCCUAGAGUUGAAUCUGGCAAUGUUUGAUUCUGUAAAUGCAUCUUGUGUUAUGGAUUGUCAUUUAUUCUGUCAGAUCUUCAGUUUCUAAACUGCUUACGCAGAGGAAAAGCUUCGUACCUUCUCCAGUGGAUAUCUACAUUUCACUGAAAUUCAAGUAGUCACAUUGUAGACUCUCUUUGAAAUAAAAAGCAUUCAUUAAAGGUUUCUAUAAAUUGCCACUUGGUUUCAGCGGUGAUAUAUCUCCUGUGGUCUGUUCUGUGUUGUCUGUGAUAUUAAUGUGCUGGAGAAGGGAAGAUUCUCUCUUUCCAAUUCAAGUGAAAUUCUUCAUUUCGUGGAGACAUCUGAGGAGUGCUCACUUCCUUUCCUUAAUUUUUUCAAGCUGACUUUCUUCUUCGAAUGGCCUUGUUCUCCUGUGGCAUCCUGCCCAGACUGAGGGGAGCCUGCACAAGGGGUGAGGGGAAGCUCACUUCCAAGAAUGAAGCUUGGCAAAUCUAGAAGAGCAAUGGAGAUGUAACAGUCAGGAGAACGGAGCUGGCCAUAGGAAAAAAAAAAGUGCAGAUCACACUUCACCGGUUGAGGCUGUAUGUAAUGUGAGCACGGACUCCUUGGCAUGCAAUUGAGGGAGAAGUUAUCCAUGCGGAUCUUUUCAGGUGGGAAGGCUGGGCUAAGGUCAGCCAACUAUAGGCAGUUAAAAUUCAGGACGGAAGGAUAGGAUGUUGUACCCACUGCCAGUCUUUUCUUCAUUAACCAGACCUAUGCAAAUGAAACCUGAUCUGUUUAAAAUUUAACCCCGAGUGAUGACUUCUCUGUGAGCCUUCUAGUUUGCAAGGAUCAGUGUUGAUGCAUAAAAAUAGAGAGUAGGCGAACGUGCUCAAAAAGUGUCUGAAAACUCUUCCAGCUGAGGAGAAAAGAAACUGGGUAAAAUAAAAGCACUUUCUACACCUAAUUAUAUUACAUUUAGUAUGCAGUUGUGUCCAGCAGGUACUGGAUGGACAAUACAACUGCCAGAUAUGAACUGUGUGCUUGUCUGUUUAAAACACCUAUUAAUGAGUUUGGAUCCACUUACUCAUUUUAGGAACCCUCUCAUUUUCCUAACAGUUAAACCUGAUCUAGAUACUGAAUUUUAAUAUGGAUAGGUUUGUUUGUUCGUUUGUCCUUUCAUCCUACUCUGUCCCUUUUCCCCCUUUUUAAUUGAUCAGCAGAAAUAACUGUGAGAAGAUAGCACUGAAGCAACUGGAACUUUUCCAUGUGUAGUUUUCCUGAAUUUGGUUCCUAGUUGGUGGAACUUCUUAGUCUACUAAAUUGCUUUUAAAAACCUUCUAAUUUCGGUUGGAUGCAAUCUGUCAGUAUAUUUGGCUGCUGGCGAUAGUUUGCUUCUUAUUAAUCUGACUGCAGGUCUUUGGUUCCUUAAAGGGAAUGACCCAGUGUGAAUGAUCCUACUUUUAUAGGAUAAAACUUUUCUUGACUGUCUUCAACCUAUGCAGUGCUUUAAUGUCAGAGCCUCCUUAUCAAGAUGAUCUUUUUAUGAUGGUAAGAAAGACUGUACUUUAGAAUGCACAUGCAGCUGAAAUUUGAAGUGCUGUAGACCUCUUUAUGCUAUCAUAGUUUGGGAACACUGCCACAACACUUGUUGAUUUUCAAGGACCUGUUUUCUUUGCAAAUGAGGCCUGCUUGCACUGCUGAAUGGUGGUGUUUUUUUCUUCUCUUUAGAAAGGAAAGCUAUAAAAUCAAUUUCCUCUGUGCCUCUUUUCUGUGCUUUCAGUAGUCAUAGUCUUUAAGUUUGACAGAUGCAUAUGAUGUUCAGGUUAUUUGUAACUCAGAUCUGCACCUUUGUCCAGGGAAACAUCGACGACAUCCAGGAAGAUCAGCAUUCACCUUUAACACUGCAGCCUAGUUUUAUUUGAGAAAACAAACAAACCAUAAAAGAAAACAAACAGAAAAGCUUACCACAACUUCCUGCUCCUUUCUCUUCUAUCACUGCAAAUGUGGACUAGGCCUUCCAUGAUGGAGAGAAGACAGAGGUUUUAAAGACUUUAAGAAUGUAAUCCUAUGGUAACUUUUAUUUUCAAAUAAGCAGUAACUGGAUGUAGAGGAGUUCUCCAGGAUAGUAACUUUGAGAGGAAGGUAAGAAGAUUGUUGCUGCCCAGUAGAACUGGCCCAAAUCACAAUAUAUUGUAUGUGUUAGUCCAGAAUAGACAGGAUAAUUGGCUGUGUUGUUGUAGGGAUAGGGGAAUGAAGAUGAGAGAGCUUCAGGGUUUUAGCCCUCAAAGGAGUGACAUAUUUAGAAAGCUCUUGUUCCUGCCCUUCCCCGGCACCAAAACUAAUGGUAAAAUAACAAAAAAUGUGUUUACACAUCUUUGGUCUGGAGUUUCUUUGUGAUGUAUUAAAAUCAACCCAAUCACAGAGUCAGAUAGUGUUUUCAAGUAUUGGAGCCUGAAGCAGUGGCAUUUUUAGAUCAUCACUGCAGCGUGUUUGAAGGCGAGGGAGGCAUAUAUAGGCUUUGUGUGCACAUGUAUGUACAUACACGUGCACAUUCACACGUCCCUUCUAAGAAAUCUAUUUGGAAGUAGUGAAAUUCCUGAGAAACUGCAUUCCUUUCAAGUUGAGAGUAAUCAUACAGCAGUGUGUGGAUCUGAGAUUUUUGUCAGAAGUCUGUCCCUGUCUGUUUCCAGUUCUCUGUUUGGGCAGAUCUGUUGUUGAUGCUUUGUCCGUCACCCACUGGGUGUGAGAUCUUGUGAGCUGACUGUGCCCACGGGCACUCAGCAGCUAGUGGCACAGACAGGUUUUUUUCCCCCUUCUGCCUGCGUUGUCCUGAGCUAGUGGGGAUGACCAGGAGACACCGAUGUGUGUUCUGAAGCACACUGCCUCUCUGACACAGCUGGAGCAGCCCAAUGGGCUGUGGGGAUAGAGGGGAUGGGACUGAUGAAAUCCUUGAAUGAUAGCAGUUAAUAUAAACUUGGUGACUGAAAUGCAAUAUAAAAAGUAGUGUAUGCAGUCCUGAGGUCCUUUUGUUUAUUUUUUUGCAGGACCUACUUUUGGUUUAGAGUGUUAGCUUCUGUAGGUUGCUAUCUCCUUCCUUUUCAGCGCGCUUUCUUACCUGCGAGUGUGUAAAUUGUGGCUGAGCUGCUCAACCGAGUGAGCAAGGAUGAAGGGUGGUUUCAUGGACUGUGGCUGGAAAAUCUUAGCUUUGCUCUCAUCAGGAGGUCACUUGCUGCUGGGCCAAUGUGCUAUGCUGUGGUGGCUGUGCCAGGCUUGUGCCUCCAAGGUCAUCUUUGUAGCAAUUGAGAACUGGUUCAGCGUUUAGGCAUCAUGGGUUUAACUUCUUAUUGGUUCCUGUUUGUACAGUGUUGUAAGUUACCACCUCUACUUUGCACCUGGCUUUUUAAACAAGGGAAUUGUUUUAUGAUUUUUUUCUUCCGUUUCCUGCUUUCGUUCUUCAUAAAUCUUAGCCAAAGGUCUCACAAUAUCUUGCUAAUACAAACAGGAGGCAUACAGUUGCUGUAGUCUGCCCAGCUUAUACUUUUGCAAUAGAUCUUAUAUAAAAACAUGGGAUUUAUAUGUGUGGUGAUUGCUCCCAUCCCCUCCUCCCUUGUCUAUCACUUGCUGCCUUUUGCACUGCUCUGUGCCAGAACAGAAGGAGAACUGACUGCGGGGCUGAGCUCAGCAGUGCUUUACUGGCAGGCGCUGGGAGUCCAGUGACAGUGCUGGAAGAUCUUUUGGUGAAGUUGGUCUCUGCAGUGCAUGCUUUGUCACCUGCAGUAUGUAAAAAGAAUUUGGGUUAUGCUAAAGCCAUUUUGGAGAACAUGUGCUCAAGCUGACUGCUUGGAACGCUUCUGAUGCGUUUGUGUGAAGUUGUUGUGGAUGGCAUCACUACUUUCUACUUAGGAUGUUCACAAAGCUCUCCCAGCGUUAUUCCAAUACGUGGGUCUUUUUUGGUCAGUAGAGCACUUUUUGGCAUGGACUUAAAAUCCACCAGUUUUUUUUAUUGAUAACGAAGAAUCCCUAUUGCAGCUGAGAUGCACGGGAGCAGUGACGGAAUUACUGUGACUGUAUGCUACUGUCAGUGUGAUGCAAUGGAUGCUUCCAGAGCAGUGCAAGUUAAAGCAAAUGAAAUGGAAACCUCCUUAUUGUUAUAGCAGUUUUAUUACAGUCUUUUUUUUUUUAAUCUUCAGAAAAAAGCUUGGCUGGAGCUGUGAAGCUCCCUAUUUUCCCCAUGUAAUUUUUAUUAGCAGCAGACUGGGUUGGAAGUGCUUACUGUCUGCAUAAUUUCUACCUCCCAAGCCCUGCAUGGCUUUGAGAUUGCUGCAGCUUGAGCCUUUUUGCUCCCUAUCAGAAACAGCCUGGAUGUGACCAUGACUCGUACCUCCCACAUCUUGGCUAUUUUGUGACAGAAAGUGGGAUUCAGAUGAAGGAAAAAUGUCUGAAUAAACGCUGUUUUCUGCUCACAGGGUCUGUUCUGUGUCCCAUCCUUGGGCUCCGUGGGGUGUGUGGGCCAUGGGAUUGGCUACAACUCAGAAGUGGCAUGUUGGGACUCUCCUUCUGAUGUCACUGCUGCUCUGGCAGGACUUCCAAGCAGACUUCCUUGUUGGAGCAGUGGUUUUUAUCUUGUGCAGCCUUUUUGGAAGCAGGCUGCUGAUGCGGUUUGUUUGCUGAAGCAGUGGAACAAAUGUCAAGCCAACUUACAUCAGUAGUGCCCUUGGUGGUUUUGGCUGGAGCUGGUUGUUGAGGGUGUGGGAAACUGGAUGGCCAUUAUAGCAACAGAGAGCAGCUCUGGAUAUUUCCAUGUUAAUCAUGCUGGAAUAGGAGGUACAACCUUGCUAGUGUAACAGGGCCUGGUGGUCACUUGGGAGUGAGAAGAGUCGAUGAACUCUAUUGUGAUUUGUUUUGUGAGCUGAUUUUUUUUUUUUAAUGCCAGAGUGGUUGUUUAUUUAUUCAUUUAUUUUGCAGGAAUAACUGAGUGUGUGAAGGCAAGUGGUGAGAAGGAUGAUGGUAGAUGGGGAUUGUUAGUUGGAUAGAAAGGAUUUAGAGUCAAAGCACAUUUCUUAAGCUGUGGAGUAACGCAUCUCUGUGUGACUCUCUGGUCAUUUGACUGCAUCCACACCAGAGCUGCUUUUCAGUGACCUUUGACCUUGUGUACACUCAAUAGUACAGGUUCUACUAAUGAUAGUUAGUACUGAGGUGCUUCUUACUACAAAAAAACCCAUUUUAAUUACACUUGCAUGGAGUUCUAUUUCUAAUUUACCACAAACCUAGCCAAACUUCUCCUAAAUUACCAUGCUUGUCUCCCAAACUAAGCUCUUAAAGCCCUUAUCGUGGAGAUGUCUGUUUUUCCAUGUUUGGGAGUGCUGUAUGCCAAGGGAGGAUUGCUUUGUUUAUUUUCCUGCCUCCUCCUGUGGCUGAUCUGAAGUACUUCUGUGAUGGGAGGUGACACUGAGUCAAACUUCUAUAACAAGGAGUGGAAUAUGUCAGAGCUAACAGUGAUUUUAAAGUGCAGCCCUAAAAAAGCACCUACAAGCAGAUCAAAGAAAACAACAAGAAAAAGUUUAAUUCUGUGAUCACGAUAUAAAGUUAAAAAUAAAUAAAUAAAGCAGCAAUGAAAUUUUACAGUGUGUCAUUUAUACCACUGUCUUAAAUGAUAAAUAAGCAGUAUAAAAGUUUAUAUGAGAGUACAUGGGAAUACUACAGUUAGAGUCUAUUACGUAAUGAACACUGACUGAUGUCAGAUUGAAUUUAGGUAUGGUACAGAAGUACUCAAAUGUUGGGUGAGCUGAAGGCAGAAUAACAGAGAUGGGAGGGCUGCACACUUGUAUGCCAGCUGCAACUCACUUGCAUAAAUACAGCUUGCUUUGGUGUUCUGCUUUUUCUCUCCUUCACAUUAGUAGAACUCCCACAUAGAAGGAGAGAAGGAAAAGACUGCUGAAAAUAUACCUUUGAACCACCUUAAUGCAACUUGCCUCACUAAUAGCUUUGUUGGUUCAGCGUGGCUGUUGCCCACGUGUUGGCAGUCUUUCAGAAAAGGAACUGCUUUUUGACUGCACCCCAUUGCCCCUCAAGAAUAAGUUAAGGUAGUAAUGAAAUAACCUCAUGAGAACACCUACCCAGUGAUUGCUAGGAGCAGCAAGAGCAAUUAGGAUAGAAGGAAAGAUGAGACAAAGUAAGGAAUAAAUUGGCAGCUGUGGUGUGCCAUUUGGAGAGCUUUACUUGUCAUACUACAGAGAGUGUGGUGUUAGGAAUUCCCAUCAGCUGAGUGGAAUGAGGAUUCGGAUUCCAAGCGUAAGAGGUCGUGUGUGGUACUUCAGAACUGUAAUUGCAUCCACUUUGGUGUAAGACCUUUCAUCAGUUACUUAUGUAUUGCAUACUCAUGAAGUCACAAUUAUAAGUACAAAUAUACCUGCUACAUACAUACUUCAGAGUACAUUAAAGCUUUGUGUAGAAUUUCCUUUUUUUUUCCCCUCAGAAUCUAAGGCUUCAGCUUUACUUCUACAGAAACAUUUGAAUGUAAACUUUUAUUUUGCUUGUUGUAAGGUUGUUCCAGUAAAUGUCGUGUGGCUUCAUGACAAAUGCUACAAAAUGGACUGGAGAGGGGGAAUGAAUUAGCAGCAAAGGUGAUGUUCAGACCAUUGAAAAUAUGCGCCUGCUUACACUUUGAGUUUAAGGUGCAGUGCUUUGCAAAAUGACUGAUAAUACUGUCAGUAUAGCAUAUGCAUCUUUUUCAACUGUCAAAGUGGUUUAAACCCUAUAUUUUUUACAUGAAAUUUUAAUGAGAGUGCUGUGUUGUAUCACAGUAAUUCUGAAGCAGAAAUACUUCAUUUUUCAGGUUUGGGAAUGUGUGUGAUUUGCAUGACUGUCUUGGACAGGAGAAACAUGUGAAACUUAUGGUAUCUUCGGCUGUAUCUCACUUUUUGCAUGUGAUUUAAUCUUGAAAUUCAACUGAUGCUGGGUUCUGCUGGUGAUGCAAGCCACACUGGUCAUCACAGUGGCAGUGUGUGUCCCAGCGUCAUCACACUUGUGAGAGGUUAUAAGUGGAGUUCUUGAGACUGAUACUGAGUGAUGGUAGGCGAACUCCUGCGUGGUUAUGCUGACUUUGCUUAGGAGGUUAGUAGGGAAUUUUAUUAUGAUUUCUUAGUGGGUGGUGGCAUGCGGAGAAUAAAAGAAUGCAAUCCUUCUGUCCAGCGAAGCUUUGGUAAUUACUCCUCCACACACUUGAGCUUGAAUAACUGAGCCCAGUGUUUUCCAUCUGACCUGACAGAAGGCUGUGAAAGAUAUGCACAAAGAGCUUGCUGGUAGUCCUUGAAAACAAGUGAGAGUGUAAACACACAGCCUUUUGCUGGCUUGUGGAAUUGAAUCCCUCAUUGUCCUGUGGCUGCUUCCCACCACGUUUCUGCAGUUGCUGCAGUGUGCCUGAGCUUUUCCUAGUUGGUGAGGUGUCAGCUGGCCUGGUUGUCGUGCACUGUGGGAUGGGCUGAUCUCUGAGCUGCCUGGGAACUGGGGUGAGUGGCUUGAGAUGAUGCAGUGUGCUUGGAAAGGAUGCGUGCCUGUCCUGACUGCUGCUGGAUUUCUGCCCUGGCUUUGUGUGCGCAUAACUUUUAGAGAGGCUUGUUUUGUUUUGUUUCCCCUCUAGGUAACUCCUUCGUGUACAUUGUUUCCACUCUGGUCUCUUUUCCUAGCACAUCCAGAAACAAUACACUUAGAGCUGCCCUGUGGGAGCUUCAGGUUCUGCUCUCUCUGGCCAUGAGGCAGGCUGUUGGCCUUUGUUGCUUUGUUUUUUGCUCCCGUCUGACCUUGUGGCCAAGUACUGGCAUGGCAUAGUGGCUGUGUGAUGGCCCUCCAUAAAGUGACCUUGGUCAUAGAUUAGCCUAACAAGCCACUACUUUGCAAGUCCCAAUAGGUUCAUUGCCUAAUGAAGGACGUGGUUUCACCUCUGUUUUUCUUGCAGCUAUAGCUGUAUGAAGGAGAGGAAAAAGAAGGCCAUGCAUUUUGAUGGUCCUUUUAAUGAUGCACUUCUAGCAUCUGACAGCUUCAGUGCAGCAAUAUUUUAUCAUGCAGUCUUUCUACUGUGUUAUACCAGGCAAAACGUCUGAUGCUGAGUUAUCUAUUGAAGUGUACUUUCUGGCCUUGUUGCCGUUUUGGCAACCUUAAACACAGUGAUUUGUGGUUAGUAGUUGUUAAAAGUAGAUCAGUGGCUAAGGCUCUGAGUUGGUGUGUAAGCUUUUAGCAGUGAGUGGCCUUUACUAGGGCAAAUUAGCAAGAGGUACAGUAAGCUUGUAGUUAGCUGAAGGCUUUAGAGAGGUUUGAGCUGGAACAUACAGUGGUGGUGGUGGUGUGCUUUUGUGGCAAAGGAGUCUUUCACGAAAGGAAAGCCUCCUAUUUUGUGCUGUGUAGCUGUGCCAGCUCCUGUGCACCCAGCACUGCCUUCCUGCUCUGAGCUGAGUUGGCAUGCUAAUUUUUUUUGUCUUCCUUUUGACUCUGAUAAAGUCAGUGCUAUUUUGGAAGGAGAUGCUUUUGCUGAGCCCCUGUCAGGAGACAGGUUUAUCUUCUGGGGAGAGGAGCUCUUUACAAUGUUUCUGCUGCUCAGGGAAGGUUUGGAGCGGCCAGGAAGUCCUAGUGGCUUUCUGCAGUUCCCUUCUUUCCAGGUUAGUGAAACCGUCUGUCCGUUGUGUUGGUACUGUAGAAGUCCCAAGCAUUUUAGGAAAGGUGCUGCUGUGGGCAGAACAGCUCUGCAAAAUGUUGUCCCCCCUGUGUGGCUUUGCUUUUUGGAAGAGAAUGAAUGAAAUACAUUGUUACAAAUGGGGAGGGAAGUAGACUGUGUGGGUGGGAGAAAUUUAAUGCUAAUUUCACAAAGACUGGUGAUAAAUGUGUACUUAUGCUCGCUAAGUGGCAAUGGAAAAAUAAAUAUUAUGUGCUCUGAAUGGUAUGAUUGAAAAGUUAAUGUCCUGCAGGGCGCUGUCUGAUCAUUCAAGUGUCCUUGAAGGGCAUAAAAAUAAAACCAACAACCUUUGGGAUGUUUGAUGGUGCAGUUACAGCUGGCACUUUGCUAACUGCCAUCCCCUCAAUCAUCACUAUGACCAUACUGCUGUGGAAAUGUGCCUGGGAUAAAUUUAAACCCAGUCAUCUCCUUUCCUUUUUCCCAACAGUAGGAGAUCAAGGAGCGUGGUUAUGCUUUCAGGGCGAAGUCAGCGUUAGCUGAUGGAGGCUUCCAUAGUUAAGGCCCGAAGGCCUUGGCAAGCUGAGGGCCAUUGCUUGUUCUUGCUCCAGAAGGGCUUCUUCCUCUGCCCUCCUCUUCACUGCUGCCCCGAGGCCAAACCCACCAUCUCAGCACAGCAUUGCCUGCCUUCCUGGGGAGAGCUUGUUUGUUUUCAUCGAAUGAUUUAGUUGGAAGGGACCUUCAGUAAUCACGUGGUCCAACUGGCUGACCACCUCAGGGCUAACCAAAAUGUAAAGCACGGUAUUGAGUGCAUUAUCCAAAUGUGAACACUGACAGGCAUGGAACAGCUCUUGGUUUAGUGAGGUCUACUGCUGUUUGGAGUGCAUAUACGUAUAUAGUGUGCACACGUAUGUAUGCUACACCUAUUGCUUUCAGCUACUCAUCCCAUCCCAGCAUGUGGAACCCGAAAGUAGAAGCUGGUUGGUACUGCUGCUGGUAGAGAGGAAAGGAGUAGGCUUCUUCUGCGUAGGUUCUGUGUUCUCUGUGCAUCAGCCUAUAGGCUUCAGAGUACAUGUUUGCUCUCACACUGUUGGUGGGACUGUUCUGUGAGUAUGCACUGUUGAUGUACACCUUGGCCAGCGUUUGUUAUCAGAAAACCAUUUAGCUGAAGUGGACUAGAAUGGGAUACCUGUGGAAGUCUACUCAAAAUCAACUUGCAUUAACUGCAGUUAAGAAUAAAAUCUUACAGGUUUGCCAUUCUUCCAGCCGAUGUUUUCUAUGUAGCUUGAAAAGUAUGUAUCAAAAGACACUCUCUAAUGAAAAAUCCCUAUGAAAUUCAAAAGAAAGUUUUGAGAUGUUUCAGGUUUGGAGGCGGAAGCUGGCAUUUAGAAAGUGGGUGACUAUUCCGUGCAAGCACAAGGCUUCUACUGAAAUAAGUGUUGUACGCUGACUGGGGUGCAAGUGCUGAGCUGCGUGUCUGUGUGGCAUGGGCUCUGAUUCUUUUUAUAAAGGUGCCUACAAAUAUGAAGGAACCUCCUUUUCAGCAGGAGUGCUCAGCAUUUUGAAUGAGAAGCAAAAUGCAGAAGGCACCUGUGCCUCCUGUUGAGCUGCUCUGGCUCCUCUGGUGCUGCUGGAAACUGGUGGCUCAGGGUGCUUUGUGGAAAGGGUGGUGCUGGUUGUAUUUCCCAGGUAUGACUGCAAUGUAAACAGAUCUGUCAGACUAAUGUGCUCCGGAAGUUUGCCUAGAGUUUACAUUUCAAAUGCUCCCUUUGGUGUCUGUACAAGAGGAAAAAAGGGACCUCCCCUCACAGCCCCAUGUUGAAGAUGAACACAAUGACGUACAGAAAAAGACGUUUACGAAAUGGAUAAAUGCUCGGUUUUCCAAGAGUGGGACACCCCCAGUCAAGGACAUGUUCACAGAUCUGAAAGAUGGAAGGAAGCUUUUGGACCUUUUGGAAGGUCUGACAGGGAAACCUCUGCCUAAAGAACGAGGUUCCACAAGAGUACAUGCCUUAAAUAAUGUCAACCGAGUACUGCAAGUCUUGCAUCAAAACAACGUGGAAUUGGUGAAUAUUGGGGGAACUGACAUCGUUGAUGGAAAUCACAAGCUGACACUGGGGCUGCUGUGGAGCAUUAUCUUGCAUUGGCAGGUGAAGGAUGUCAUGAAGAAUAUCAUGUCAGAUUUGCAGCAGACCAACAGUGAGAAAAUCCUGUUGAGCUGGGUUCGGCAGUCCUCAAGACCUUACAGUCAAGUCAAUGUUUUGAACUUCACAACGAGCUGGGCGGAUGGACUUGCUUUUAAUGCUGUUAUCCACAGGCACAAACCAGAGUUCUUCAGCUGGGAUAAAGUCAUAACAAUGUCUCCAAUUGAGAGACUGGAACAUGCUUUCAGCAUAGCCAAAAACCACCUGGGAAUUGAGAAACUGUUGGAUCCUGAAGAUGUUGCUGUACCACUUCCAGACAAAAAGUCUAUUAUCAUGUAUUUAACAUCUUUGUUUGAGGUCCUUCCUAAGCAAGUCACCAUGGAAGACAUUCGGGAAGUGGAGACUCUCCCAAGGAGAUUCAAGCAGGAAUGUGAAGAUGGAGAAUUCAACUUGAAGCAGACCGUAGCACUUGAAGAGGAGCAGAGCAGUUCUAGAGCAGAGACCCCCAGCACAGUGACAGAGGUGGACAUGGACUUGGAUAGCUACCAGGUUGCUCUGGAAGAAGUCCUCACAUGGUUGCUGUCAGCUGAGGAUGCAUUUCGGGAACAGGAAGAAAUAUCUGGUGAUGUUGAAGAAGUCAAAGAGCAAUUUGCCACCCAUGAAGCUUUUAUGAUGGAACUGACUGCGCACCAAAGCAGUGUGGGUAGCGUCCUGCAGGCUGGGAACCAGCUGGUGGCACAGGGAAAUCUGUCAUCUGAAGAGGAGUUUGAGAUUCAGGAACAAAUGCUGCUGCUGAACUCCCGCUGGGAGGACCUCAGGGUGGAGAGCAUGGACAGGCAGUCCCGCCUGCAUGACAUGCUGAUGGAGCUACAAAAGAAGCAGUUGCAGCAGCUGUCUGACUGGCUGACAGUUACAGAAGAACGCAUUCAGAAGAUGGAAUCUCAACUCUUAGCUGAAGAUUUAGAGGCCCUUCAAAAACAGCUAGAAGAACACAAAAGCUUGCAAAGUGACCUGGAGGCAGAACAAGUGAAGGUAAACUCUCUGACGCACAUGGUUGUCAUCGUUGAUGAAAGCAGUGGGGAGAGUGCAACAGCUGUUCUGGAGGAACAAUUGCAGAAGCUGGGUGAGCGGUGGACAGCAGUUUGUCGUUGGACUGAGGAAAGACGAGUAAAAUUGCAAGAAAUUCAGCUUCUAUGGCAGGAGCUGCUAGAAGAGCAGUGCUUAUUGAAGGCGUGGUUAACUGAGAAGGAAGAUGCCUUAAGUAAGGUCCAGACAAGCAACUUCAGAGACCAAAUAGAUCUGAGUGUGAAUGUUCGAAAACUAGCAAUUUUGAAAGAGGACAUGGGUAUGAAACGACAGACACUAGACCAGCUGAAUGAGCUUGGUCAGGAUGUGGCCCAAAUACUUGGGAAUAGCAGAGCAUCCAAUCAAAUUGACCAUGAUCAAGAGGAACUAACUCAGAGGUGGGACAGUUUGGUUCAGAAGCUAGAGGAUUACUCUAACCAGGUAACUCAAGCUGUAGGAAGCGUAGGGAUGCCGCAGAUUUCACAGAAGACUUCUGCAGAAACAAUGUCAAUGAAAGAAAAGGUGGUGGUAAAAGAAUCCAGGCAGGAAUCACCUCCACCACCACCUCCAAAGAAAAGGCAAAUCCCAGCGGAUAGUGAAGCAAAGAAAAAGUUUGAUGCUGAAAGUGCUGAGCUGUUGAACUGGAUUUCAAAAUCAAAAGCUGCCAUUCAGGCCACAGACAUCAAAGAGUACAAGAAGAUGAGAGAGACUUCAAGCGUGAAAGAAAAGUUAAAGGUGAUAGAAAAAGAGAAGGUUGAAAAAAGCCAAAAGCUAGAUGAUCUGAAACGAAGUGGACAUAUUCUUUUGGAUCAAAUGGGAAAAGAGGGACUUCCUGCAGUGGAUUUAAAAAACCUGAUGGAGAAAAUAUUGUCAGGAUGGAAAGAAGUGGUUCAGCAUCUAGAAGAGUUGGCCAGAAAGAUAAAGUACCAGGAAGAUAUAAAUGCAUACUUUAAAGAAAUGAAUGAGCUUGAGAAGAUUAUAGUUGAAAAGGAGAGCUUGCUUAAAAAUGAUUCUUCAGCUUCCCAGCCAUCAGCAGUCCUGAAAGAUUUGUGUCAGAGGGAAUUAACUUAUCUUGUAAGCUUGAGUCCACGAUUGGAACACCUGAAAGCUACUUGCAAGGUGCUCACAUCUCAGCCUGUGCCUCCAAACUUCAUUCAAGAGAGCUUGAAUGGUUUUCUUGAUCGCUUCAAGUUGGCUUGCCAGAGACUAGACGAACGUCACCAGCAGCUGAAGGAAGAGACAGAAAGCCUGCCUAGCCAGGACUUCUUAGGCUCUCUGCAGAGGCUGAAGGAUGUGCUGAGCGAGGUGGAGUGCAAGCAGCAGGCAAUUGCGAGUGGACUGAGUGACCCUAGUAAGGUUGAAAAAGCCUUGCAGCAGACAAAGGCUGUUUGUGAGACACUGGAAGCCCAGAAGCCCAAGGUAGAUAAACUUGCUGAAGAAACGAAGGCUUUGGAGAAACAGUCUUCUGAUAGAACAAAGGUCUACACGCAGCAGUUCAGGCACGUGCAAGGACACUGGGACAAGUUAAGGCUCAAGAGUUCCAAAGAUGUUAAACUACUGGAAGAAAUUACAUCCAAGUUGAGAUUAUUUGAGACUAAUUCAAAAGUUGUUCAGAAGUGGAUGGAUGGUGUGAAAGGCUUCUUACUGACAGAAAAGGCUGCUCAAGGAGAUACUGAAGGACUUCAAAGACAGCUUGACCAGUGCACAAUUUUUGUUAAUGAAAUGGAGAAGAUUGAACCUUCACUGAAAGAGAUGAAAGAACUAGAGUCAGCUUUAAGAAGUCAGUCCAUUGCAGGCAUAAAUACUUGGGCAAAAUCUAGGCUAGUAGACUGCCAAGCACAAUGGGAGAAACUGAGCAAACAGAUCAUUAGUCAGAAAAAUCGCCUGUCUGAAAGUCAGGAAAAAGCUGUAAAUCUGAAGAAGGAUUUGGCAGAGAUGCAAGAAUGGAUGACCCAAGCUGAAGAAGAAUAUUUGGAGAAGGAUUUUGAAUACAAGUCCCCUGAAGAGUUAGAGAAUGCUGUAGAAGAAAUGAAGAGAGCAAAAGAGGAUGUGCUGCAGAAGGAGGUGCGAGUGAAAAUUCUCAAGGACAACAUCAAAAUGUUGGCCACUAAAGUGCCAUCUGGAGGUCAGGAGCUGGCAACUGAGCUGAAUGUUGUGUUGGAGAACUACCAGCUGCUGUGUAAUCGGAUCCGGGGGAAAUGCCACACUUUAGAGGAGGUGUGGUCCUGUUGGAUUGAGCUGCUUCAGUAUCUUGAUUUAGAAACAGCCUGGCUAAACACUCUAGAAGAAAGAGUGCAAAUGACAGAAAAUCUGUCUGAUAAGUUGGAUGUUGUCAAUGAUGCUCUUGAGUCUCUGGAAUCAGUCCUGCGUCAUCCAGCUGAUAAUCGAACCCAGAUUCGGGAACUUGGGCAGACGUUGAUUGAUGGAGGGAUUCUUGAUGAUAUCAUCAGUGAAAAAUUGGAGGCUUUCAAUGCCCGCUAUGAGGAAUUGAGUCAUUUGGCGGUGAGCCGACAGAUCACCUUGGAACAGCAGCUUCAGACCUUGCGAGAAACUGACCACAUGCUGCAGGUCUUGCAGGAAAACUUAGCGGAGCUGGAUAGACAGCUGACAUCUUACCUGACUGAUAGGGUAGAUGCCUUUCAGAUGCCGCAGGAGGCCCAGAAAAUUCAAGCUGAAAUUGCAGCUCAUGAGGCCACCUUAGAGGAGCUCAAGAAAAGUCCUCGCUCUUUCCCUCCUGCUUCUCCUGAAUGCAGAUCUCCCCGAGGUGGAACUCUGCUGGAUGUUUUGCAGAGAAAACUCCGUGAAGUGUCUACAAAGUAUCAGCUUUUUCAGAAACCAGCCAACUUUGAGCAGCGCAUGUUGGAUUGCAAGCGUGUGUUGGAAAGUGUAAAAGCAGAGCUUCACGUCUUGGAUGUGAAGGAUACUGACCCAGAUAUAAUCCAAACUCAUCUGGACAAGUGCAUGAAACUCUAUAAAACCCUCAGUGAAGUGAAAUUGGAGGUUGAAACUGUCAUCAAGACUGGAAGGCAAAUUGUACAAAAACAACAGACAGAUAAUCCCAAAGGAAUGGAUGAACAACUGACAGCACUGAAAUUUCUUUACAAUGACCUCGGGGCACAGGUUACAGAAGGAAAGCAAGAUCUUGAAAGAGCAUCCCAGCUGGCACGCAAAAUGAGGAAAGAGGCUGCCUCUUUGUCAGAGUGGCUAGCUGCCACGGAGGCAGAGUUGGUGCAGAAGUCCACUUCAGAGAGCUUGCUUUCUGACCUGGAUUCAGAAAUUGCCUGGGCAAAAAAUGUCCUGAGAGAGCUGGAGAGGAGGAAAGCUGAUCUGAAGAGUAUCACAGAAAGCUGCACCACACUCCAGGCUCUAGUGGAAGGGAGUGAGACUUCCCUGGAGGAGAAGCUCUGUGUUCUUAAUGCUGGCUGGAGCAGAGUUCGGACCUGGACCGAGGACUGGUGUGACACUUUGCUGAAUCAUCAGAGCCAGCUGGAAAUCUUUGAUGAAAAUGUUGCCCACAUAAGUACUUGGCUGUAUCAGGCUGAAGCCUUGCUGGAUGAGAUUGAGAAGAAGCCAGCAAGCAAAAAGGAGGAAACUGUGAAGCGUUUAACAUCUGAAUUGGAUGAUGUUAGUCUGCGAGUGGAUAAUGUGCGUGAUCAGGCUGUCAUCCUAAUGAACGGUCGAGGAGUUUCAUGCCGGGAGCUUGUUGAACCAAAGCUGGCAGAACUGAACCGUAACUUUGAGAAGGUUUCUCAGCACAUCAAAAGUGCCAAGAUGCUUGUUGGACAAGAACGACUCCCUGUCAUGUCGGAGCCCCGGGAAGUCAGAGUGGGUUUUCCAGACCUGGAUAAAUUUGAGAGUGACAUACAGAAUAUGUUAAAAGUUGUGGAAAAGCACCAGGAGCUGAGUGAGGGAGAUGAAAAGCUGGAUCAAGAAAGAGCUCAGAUUGAGGAGGUUUUGCAGAGAGGAGGACAGCUGUUACAGCAGCCUAUGGAAGACAAUAAGAGAGAGAAGAUACGCAUGCAGCUGGUGCUUCUACAGACAAAGUACAACAAUGUACAGGAAGGCAGGUCAUUUCAAAGGAGACAAGUGGCGGAACUCUCUCCAGUGUUUUCUCAGUAUAAGAAGGACCAUGACAAUCUAAUGAAGUGGCUGGAUGAGACUGAAUGUCGAUUACCAGGGCUGCAAGGAAUGGAAGAUGAACAGAAGCUGCAGGCAGUUGCUGUCCAGCAGAGGUUAAAAGGCCACUUUGCCACAGGUGUUAGGACUCAGCCUUUUUCAGCUGAAUAUCUGGUUGAAAUCAACAAGGUCUUGCUUGCCAUGGCUGAUGUUGAGCUGUUGCUGAAUGGACCCGAGCUAAAUACUGGCAUCUAUGAGGAUUUUUCAACUCAGGAGGAUGCACUGAAGAAUGUAAAAGAUAUUUUGGAUAAACUUGGGGAUCAGAUUGCGGUCAUACAUGAGAAGCAGCCUGAUGUUAUACUGGAAGCAUCUGGGCCUGAAGCAAUACAGAUAGGAGAUGCACUAACCCAGCUGAAUGCAGAAUGGGACAGAAUUAAUAGAAUGUACAAUGAUCGCAAGUGUUCCUUUGAUAGAGCAAUUGAAGCAUGGAGGCAGUUCCACUGUGAUCUCAAUGACCUCUCCCAGUGGAUAACGGAAGCUGAAGGGUUAUUAGCUGAUGCCCUUGGUCCAGAUGACAGCCUGGAUCUGCAGACAGCUGGGCUGCAUCAGCAGGAACUUGAAGAAGGAGUACACAGCCAUCAGAGCAGUGUUUUGGCAUUGAACAGAACUGGGGAAGGGAUCAUACAGAAACUCUCUGCUACAGAUGGGAGCUUCCUGCAGGAGAAGCUGGCAGGACUGAAUAGGCGCUGGAAAGCAAUCACUGCUGAGGUCAUGGACAGACAGCAGAGGCUAAAGGGAGAGAAUCAGCAGCUGAUAGAUUACAGAAAAAAGCUUGAUGAAUUGCGUUGCUGGUUGGAAAAUGCAGAAAACGUUCUGGACACGAGAUUUACAUUCAACCAUGAAGAAAAUUUACGAGAAUUACAGGUCUUAAGUGAAGAGAUGGAAGUACAGGGAGACAAACUGGAAUGGUUGAACAGAACUGAACCUGAAGUAAUUCUGGAUAAAAAUGUUGAUCUUCAGGAAAAAAACAGGCUUUCUGGUAGCCUGCAGUCCCUCAAUGUGAGGUGGAAUAAGGUGUUCAGAGAAGUGCCUGACAGAGUGAGACAACUGGAGGCUUAUGUUGGGCAGCCUCACCUUGUUGCACAGGCAAAGCCUUCUGAUGUCCAAAAGGUGGUGCUAGCAUCUUCCUCAUUGGAAAUUCCUGUUCAGACGCAGCACGCUUUGGAACUUUCUGCACCUGCUGAUCUGGAUAAAACUACAACUGAGCUGGCUGAAUGGUUGGUAUUGAUUGACCAGAUGCUCAAGUCGAACAUCGUCACUGUGGGAAAUGCUGAAGAGAUCAACCGAACUAUUGCACGAAUGAAAGUAACAAAGGCAGAUUUGGACCAACGGCACCCUCAGCUUGAUUCUGUUUUUACAUUGGCUCAAAAUUUGAAAAAUAAAACUUCCAGUUCAGACAUUAGGACAGUGAUUACAGAAAAAUUGGAAAAAGUAAAGAACCAAUGGGAUAACACCCAGCAUGGUGUGGAGGUGCGGCAGCAGCAGCUGAAGUACAUGCUGUCAGACAGCAUGCAAUGGGAUGAGCAGAGGAAAGAAAUGGAGCAUCUCAUGGAGCAGUGCGAGAUCCGUCUGCGUAUGCUUCAGCAGGCCCCAAAGGAGACACUUAUCAAACAGAUUUCAGAUAACAAGCUCUUAGUACACGAUUUGCAUAGAGGAGACAUCACAGUAGCUGCGUUCAAUGAUCUUUCUAAUAAACUUCUUCGAGAGUAUCGUGAUGAUGACACAAGGAGGGUGAAGGAAACCACUGACCAGAUGAACACUUGCUGGGUUAAUCUGAAUCAAAGAGCUGUUGAUAGGCAGAAUUUCUUGGAGACAGAGCUGAAGACAGUACAGACUUCAUGCAAGGAUCUAGAAAGCUUCCUCAAGUGGCUUCAAGAGGCAGAGACGACAGUUAAUGUUCUUGCAGAUGCUGCUCGGCGUGAGAACACAGCUCAGGACAGUGCUUGUGUAAGGGAACUCAGAAAACAGAUGCAGGACAUCCAGGCAGAGAUUGAUGCCCACAAUGACAUCUUUAAAAGCAUUGAUGGAAACAGGCAGAAAAUGGUGAAAGCCUUGGGAAACUCUGAGGAAGCUGCCCUGCUCCAGCACCGACUUGAUGACAUGAACCAGCGCUGGAAUGACCUGAAGGUGAAGUCAGCUAACAUCAGGGCUCACUUGGAGGCAAGUGCAGAGAAAUGGAACCGGUUGCUGACAUCCCUGGAAGAGUUAAUCAAAUGGCUGAAUAUGAAAGAUGAAGAGCUGAAAAAGCAAAUGCCCAUCGGAGGGGAUGUUCCAACCUUACAGCAGCAGUAUGAUCACUGCAAAGCUCUGCGACGUGAACUGAAGGAUAAAGAGCAAACCAUUCUCAAUGCUGUGGACCAGGCACGAAUUUUCCUUGCUGACCAACCAAUCGAGGGGCCUGAGGAACCAAGAAGGAGCGUACAUUCGAAAACAGAGUUGACCCCUGAGGAGAAAGCCAUGAGGAUCGCCAAAGCUAUGCGUAAGCAGUCAUCAGAGGUAAAAGAGAAAUGGGAGAACCUAAAUGCCAGUGCCAGUAUCUGGCAGAAGCAAGUAGACAAAGCAUUGGAAAAACUGAAAGACUUGCAGUGUGCAAUGGAUGACCUCGAUGCUGACUUGAAGGAGGCUGAAAAUGUGAGGAAUGGCUGGAAACCUGUGGGAGACUUGCUCAUAGACUCGUUACCAGAUCACAUUGAGAAAACUACAGCUUUUAGAGAAGAAAUUGCUCCCAUCAACUUGAAAGUUAAAACAGUGAAUGAUUUAUCCAGUCAGUUGUCUCCACUCGACCUUUAUCCAUCAUUAAAGAUGUCUCGUCAAUUAGACGAUCUCAACAUGCGAUGGAAACUUUUGCAGGUGUCUGUGGAGGAUCGCCUUAAACAGCUGCAAGAGGCACACCGUGAUUUUGGACCUGCAUCACAGCACUUUCUGUCCACCUCAGUACAGUUUCCAUGGCAGAGAUCUGUUUCACAUAACAAAGUGCCCUAUUAUAUCAAUCAUGAGACCCAGACAACCUGUUGGGAUCAUCCUAAAAUGACUGACCUUUUCCAGUCAUUAGCUGACUUGAACAAUGUACGCUUCUCGGCCUAUCGUACAGCCAUCAAAAUCCGACGACUGCAGAAAGCACUGUGCUUGGACCUGUUGGAACUGAACACAACAACUGAAAUUUUCAAACAACACAAGUUGAGUCAAAAUGACCAGCUUGUUGGUGUCCAGGAUGUGAUCAGCUGUCUUACUACCAUCUACAGUGGACUUGAAGAGAAACACAAUGACAUGGUUAAUGUUCCUCUCUGUGUAGAUAUGUGUCUUAACUGGCUACUCAAUGUGUAUGAUAGUGGCCGAACUGGAAAAAUUCGAGUGCAGUCCCUGAAAAUUGGGUUGAUGUCUCUAUCUAAGGGCCUUCUGGAAGAGAAGUACAGAUAUCUCUUCAAGGAAGUGUCAGGUCCCACAGAAAUGUGCGACCAGAGGCAGCUCGGCCUGCUGCUGCACGAUGCCAUCCAGAUCCCCCGGCAGCUGGGUGAGGUGGCGGCUUUUGGUGGCAGCAACAUUGAACCCAGCGUGCGCAGCUGCUUCCAGCAGAACCACAAUAAGCCAGAAAUUACUGUAAAACAAUUUAUAGAUUGGAUGCACUUAGAGCCACAGUCUAUGGUAUGGCUACCAGUUCUACAUCGUGUGGCAGCUGCAGAAACAGCAAAACAUCAGGCCAAGUGCAACAUCUGCAAAGAAUGUCCAAUUGUUGGCUUCAGGUACCGGAGCUUAAAACAUUUCAACUAUGAUGUCUGUCAGAGCUGCUUCUUUUCUGGCCGUACAGCUAAGGGGCAUAAAUUGCAUUACCCAAUGGUGGAGUAUUGUAUACCGACAACAUCUGGGGAAGAUGUACGAGACUUCACCAAGGUGCUGAAGAACAAGUUCCGCUCAAAGAAGUAUUUUGCAAAACAUCCGCGUCUUGGCUACCUACCUGUGCAAACAGUUCUGGAGGGUGACAACCUGGAGACUCCUAUCACUCUCAUCAGUAUGUGGCCAGAGCAAUAUGACCCUUCCCAGUCUCCACAGCUAUUUCAUGAUGACACGCACUCCAGGAUAGAGCAGUAUGCUACUAGGCUUGCACAAAUGGAAAGGACCAAUGGCUCCUUCCUCACAGACAGCAGUUCCACCACAGGAAGCGUAGAGGAUGAGCAUGCCCUUAUCCAGCAGUACUGUCAGACGCUGGGAGGAGAGUCACCUGUGAGUCAGCCACAGAGUCCUGCACAGAUACUGAAAUCAGUGGAAAAGGAAGAGCGAGGAGAGUUGGAGCGCAUCAUUGCUGACCUCGAGGAAGAACAAAGGAGUCUGCAGAUAGAAUAUGAACAACUAAAAGAGCAGCAUCUUCGGAGAGGAAUAAACCCUCUUGCAUCACCUCCUGAUUCCAUUGUUUCACCUCAGCAUGCUUCUGAAGAUGCUGAGCUCAUUGCUGAAGCUAAACUUCUGAGGCAACAUAAAGGUCGCCUGGAAGCAAGGAUGCAAAUAUUGGAAGAUCACAAUAAGCAAUUGGAGUCUCAGCUUCACCGACUGCGUCAGCUACUUGAGCAGCCUGAGUCAGACUCCCGGGUUAACGGUGCCUCCCCCUGCACUUCGCCCCAGCAUUCAGCCCUUGGCUACCCACUCGAUCAAGAGACAAGCUCGCAGUUUCAUCAGGCAGAUGACUUGUUAGUUCCACCUCACGAUACCAACACAGAUCUGACAGAUGUUAUGGAGCAAAUCAACAGCACAUUUCCAGCUUGCUGCUCAAGUUUCACUGGCAGACAACAGGCAAUGUGAAGUGCUCAUUUGGACGUCCACCAGUGCUUCCUGACGUGCAGUACAGCCCUUUACUACAAAACACCAAUUGCGAGUUCCACUCCAUCAGAAGUCUGCAUGGGACCUUGGAACAUGCUGUUUGCUUUGACCGCGUGUUCUACUUGAAAUACUAAAACACUGAAUACCCAAAGAUGAGGAUAUUGUUUUUAUAUUAUAGGUUCUUUUUCUUCUUCCCUUUCUAUGCAACUGUAAAUUAAUGAGCAGUGGAGUAUUUGUCACUGAUUUGUAUAAAUAUACAGCCGCGGGAAAAGGGGCAGGGGCUUUAUAUACGUUCUUUUUGAUAAAGUGAACUGCAUAAGGAGUUUGGAGCAAAAUGUUACAUUUAUACAUUCCUUUCAGCUCUUUGCUUUUGCAUUGUAAAAUAUCUUCAGUUAUAUUCUCAUUCAUUUAAUCUUCUAUUCUGAUUAUUUAUAUGCUAACUAUCUGACCAGACACAAUUCAGAAUUACCCUUGAUUUGUUUUCAGAAUUGGAAUAUGAAGUUCCCAUAAUGUGCAUUGUUGUUACUGUUUAACACAAAUUGCCUUUAAGUGCAAGCCACAGUAUUUUAACUCCAUUAAACAAGGUAAACUCUAAGUUCAAGUCAUAAUAAUUAUCAUGCACUAAAAUAAUAUUUUUAACAUUCUUUUAAUCGAUUCUAGCCAAGACACUCCUUUUGGAGGAUUAUUUUUUAAGCUUUAUUUUACUUUGAAUCAGGAGAUAGCUAAAAGAGGACUUAGAUGAUAGUUUAUGUUGUUUUUAGUAAGGACUAAGUUAGUGUAAUCUUGCCCAACUUUGUUUGGAGAUAAAGCUUUGCUGUUCCUUGCUGUGCCAAACUUGUUUCAAGUUUUGGAACCUACAGUCUGUGAACUAAAGCUCAUUUCUGUGAGAUCCCCUUUUGUUUAUUCAAACACACGAGUCUUUUAUCUGCCUCUUAGAAAUGAAGAGACAAUUAGAAAGCCUUUUCCAAUACUGUUGGUGAUAGAACGUUUUCUUCAAAGCUGCAGUGCUCUUAGAUUGUAUCAUGUGGCAUUGUAAUCUUGCAACUCAUUUUUACCUUUGAGAUCAUUUAUUUAUGUACUUCAAGUAGGAAUAAUUAUGGAAAAGUUAUGUCACUGAUCAGCUGAUCUCUAGAUUUAAAAUAAUCAUCAGAGUUUUUAAAUGCCUUCAUGGAGUUUACAAUGCUGCAUGGACACUUGCUUUCAUGUCAAGACACCUUUAAUUGGUAAAACUGCAUGCAAUAUGUAUCUUGUAUAGUAGAGAGAAUCUAAACUAUGUUGUUGUAGAUUAUUACUGAAGAAAAAAAGCCUCAAAAUGGUAUUGGAAGAGUUAUAAAUUCUGUACUGCUACCAAAAGAUUCUAGAGAGCAUUAAAACAAAGUCAGGAAUAUCUCGUGCUUAUGAGGUGGUGCCAACUAGAUUGUCCUGCACCCACAGUACUUGCUCCUGAAACACUGCUGCUUGAGGAGCGAUUUGGGCACAGCAUUGACCACGGUCUAGUGUUGGCUCUGGUGCCAGUUCUUUCUGAACUCUUUGACAAAUUAUUUAACCACUCUGCCUCUGUUUUCCCAUCUGUAAAAUGGGGAUGACAGUACUUACCUCUCAAAGGUGUAGAGAGCUUAGUUAGUCUGAAAAGCUCUAUUUAAAUGCUAAGUAUUAUUCUUGAGUGGGUGGAGCAAAACUGUCAAGGUGAGAAGAGAAGAUGCUGGCUACUAUAAAUGCUUCAUCUAUUAAAAAAAAAAGUAGCAUAGUUAUUCUGAGAAGACAAACACAUUUUACAGAAGAGGAAAGCCAUGACCACCUUUCUACCUCAGACCUAUCUUCAUGAGUAGUAUUGGAAAUAGCUUUAUAUUCUGUUCUCUGCAAAGUAUUUUGCUUUUAUCGAGCUUACAUCAUUCUCUAGGCAAAGAAUCCUUAAAAAUAGCCCCCAGAUAAGUUUAAAAAGAAGAAAAAGUCUAAGUAGUGAAUUUGGUGGCUUUUAUUUUUGUUCUGAAUAUGAGGUUAUGUGUAAAGUUGUUUUUCUGCCUGUGUUUGUAUGCAUCCUUUGUCCUCUGCUGCCAAGUAAAUGUUACUUCAAACACUACAUUGUAACAUUAUUCCUCUGCGAUAAUAAUAAAUAAAUGGAAUAUAUUGCAGUAA